UAAAUAGAAGUUCUAGGCUUUCAAAAGAAGAAAAAGAGUUAAUUAAUCAAUAUGAUAGUCGUUUAUAUGGAAUGUUUAAAUUUAAAGAAAAAGCACACGAAUAUCAUCUUAAUCUUAUAUCAAAAGGAAUAGAACAAUAUGAAACGAUUUUGUUUUGGAAAAAAAAUACAUCAUUGUUAAAAUCUGAUUCAAAUUAUGAAAUCAGUGAAUUAAAUGCCACAAAAGAAACAUCAAUAUUUUAUCAUUUAGGACAUUUAAAUUUGCUUAUAGAGCAAUAUCCUCAAGCCCUAUCUGCUUAUCAACGUUAUUAUGCACAAGAAAAACUGUUUUGGAAAGACCCGAUAUUUCUCUAUGGCAUAGGCUUGGUUUAUUUUCACUUUGGGGCUUUUGAUUUAGCAAGUAAUGCAUUCUUCCAAGCUCUCUAUGUAGACCCUAAUUUUUCGCGUGCGAAUGAAAUACACUUACGACUUGGAAUCUUGUACAAAAUACGCGGCAAUUUGAAAUAUAGUCUUAAACAUUUUCAGCUCGCCUUGAUCGAUGAAGCUAACGCCCUUUCUACGUCUCAUGCCCAAAUAUACUUCCACGUGGCCCACCUCUUAGAAUGCCGAGGUUAUGUGAAACUUAGCAAACAACUUUACGAAAAAUUACUUUCUGCCCCUAUUUUGAGCUCCCCUGUUGACGACAGCAAAAACAAGCAGCAUCCACAACUAUUACCAAACAGUAAUAGCGAUUUUCCAUUUUUGAAUGGUAAGAACGCCGCUGAAAAUAGGUAUAUCGAAGUAGACGCAUCUAUAAAAGCCAGUUGCUUGAGACAGGUCGGGUGGUUGCAUCAUAAUUUUUUCCGCUUAUUUUCCACCUCAAACUCAGCUUCGUCCAACACAUUAAUAGAUCAAAAUUAUUCGAAUAACCAAGCUAAUCUCAUUAAAAAUAGUGGAUUAAAGAAAGAGAACUGUACUAAUCCAAUCAUUAAAGAGCCUGUAAUCGACAAAGAAAAAAGCGAAAACGCCGCUAUAAGAUAUUUGCAAUCUGCUAUCUCAUUGGAUCCAACUAGUGGCCAGACCUGGUAUUAUUUGGGAAGAUGUUUUGCCAAUCUCGGAAAAAUUCACGACGCCUUCAUAUCUUAUAGGCAUUCUAUCGACAAAUCAGAAGGCAGUGCCGACACCUGGUGUUCAAUCGGCGUUUUAUACCAACAACAAAACCAACCCAUGGAUGCCCUUCAAGCUUACAUUUGCGCUAUUCAAUUGAACAAAAAAUUUACGCCUGCCUGGACCAAUUUAGCUCUACUUUACGAAACAUGUAAUAUGCCAAAAGACGCUUUAACUUGUUACGCCAACGCAAUCAAAGCUGGAGACCCUAAUCCUGCCCUUUUGCCUCGUAUCAAAAAAUUGAAGGAUACUAUUUUGAGCAGCAAUUAUCAACAUCUCAACAUUCAAAAGGCCAAAACAGCGUUGCCCACCAUUGAAGAAGCAUGGAAUUUGCCUAUUCCCGCCGAAUUGACUUCUAGACAAAAUGCUGACACCAAAAUCCCUCCUUUUAUGACCAAAUACAUAUAUCCUUUGAUUCAACAACAAAGGGAGAUGCGCCUUAAGCUCUCGGCUAUGGGCAGAAAAAGUCUAACUAAUGGUGUCGAUAUUUUCAACGUCAAAGAUCAACAGGUGGAUAAAUUAACCCAUCGUCAGUACGACUCUAUUCAUAAUACACCAGAACACAAUGCUAUCAAAAGACCUCGUUUCUCCAGUGAAGCACCUUCGAUGAAUAAUAUUUUUAAAAAUUCUCAGGUAUCUUCGGCGGACUCUGAUUACAAGUAUAACGAUUGUCACAUCAACACUCCAAGCGAAAAAGAUACCCAUCUCCUAAAUUUGAAACAAGAAGAUUUUAUUAACCCGAACAGUAACGUAGACAACGACUUUUUUAAUGAUAUCGAGGAUGAAGACGACGAGGAUGAAGAGGGAUUAAUAGAUCCUGCCGUCGAAAAGGAGCUGGAAAAUUUGCUAGCCCUUGAUGGGGCCGAUACCAAAACCCUUUUCGCGUGCUUGAACACCAAUAAUUCCUCGCCAGUUAUAAGUGACGCAAAACGUUCGGAUGAAAAUUUAUUGAAUACACCCAACUCGAGUAUGUCUCAUUUUACUCCUAUAAAUCGAACAUCCAUUAAUCACGAUAUGUUAAAUCGGAUGAAUAUUGAAGCAAAUCUAACAGGGACCAAUAAUACGGCUCACCAUACCCCUUCGAAACCACCGCCGAAUCCUGUUCCUAUUCUCGGCGAUUUUUCUACUCCUUCAUUCCUAUUCGACGCACACGAUCCUGACCCUACUUAUAACACUCACCAAGAACAAAAUAGCAAUCGGGAUAUUAUGGGUUUGAGUAAUUAUAUGAACAAUUCUCCACAAAUAACCAGGGAUAAUAGAUCGUCAGAAUCUUUGCUAGCCCCUAUUCAUAUAUCGUCUUCCGAAAUCAAGCGUCUUUGCAACUCGGAUAUACCAUCACCGUCACCUUCUUCAACUAACACAGUUCCCUCGAACUUAGAUCCUCUUUCCCUACUUCUCGGACUUGAUUUCGAAGCGCAACCACCUCACCCCCCGCCCCACCCCGAUCCCCCUGAUCCGUUAAAUCUAUCUGAUAUUUCCAAUUCUCCCAUUCCUCAAGUGCCCCUUUUCACUGUUACCGGCAAAAAGGUCGCACACUCCCCCGAACUUCGUCAAUUUUGUCUCUCUCAUCCGGCAACCCUUAUCAAAGGUCUCUGCCAAGCCCUCAAGCUGGACCUGGGUCUUUACAGUACUAAAACGCUAACGAGUGCGCACCCGCGGCAUUUGAUCGAAGUUCGAGCCCAGGCUCGGUAUCCACUCACUAAGAAUUACGCUGAUCCCAGAACGGGUAAAAGGCAGGUGUGGAAAUGUACCAGCACCAGGCAUUUUAUGCCACUUGUCGAAUAUGCCAAGUAUCAGGGGACCUCAUUUAAAAGGGCUCUCGAGGAAGAAAAGGCUAAAAAUAGCUCCUCGGGAGAUACCGAAACUAUUAAUGAAAACGAUGCCAAAAAUAUUAAAGACUGCCCACCCUUUCGGAAAAUUUUAUUUGGAACCAACGUAGAUUUAUCGGAUGAAGAAAAAUGGACCUACCAACUACAAGAGCUAAAUAAAUUGCCUACCUUUCUCAAAGUCGAUUCACAAUGCUCAAAUAUGUUGUCCCAUCUGGGCCACACUGUCUUGGGUAUGAACAGUGUCCAGCUCUACAUGAAAGUGCCUGGCUGUCGCACGCCCGGUCACAGGGAAAAUUUGAAUUUUUGUUCCGUCAACAUCAACAUAGGGCCUGGAGAUACCGAAUGGUUCACGGUGGCCAGCAAUUAUUGGGGAGCCUUAGCAUCCCUUUGCAGUUCGAGGAAUGUGGAUUUUUUGAAAGGUAGUUGGUGGCCCGGCGAUAUAGGGGAAUUGGAGAGGAACAAAAUCCCUUUCACUCACAUUACUCAAAAGCCGGGUGACGUGGUAUGGAUCAACGCCGGAACUGUUCACUGGGUCCAAGCUUCGGGCUGGUGUAACAACAUAGCCUGGAAUGUUGGCCCCCUCACAUCCCACCAGUACGAAUUGGCCAUGGUGCAUUACGAAUGGAAUAAACUUCAACAUUACAAAUCGCUGGUACCCAUGGUUCAUCUAUCCUGGAAUAUCGUCACUAAUGUCAAAAUCACCGAUCGUCGACUUUUUCAACUUUUGAAGUCUACUCUUCAUCGUAGCUUGAAACGAUCCCAUUCAUUGAUACGCGUUCUUUCUCUCCUCGAAAUUCCCAUUGUGUUUCAUGGGAUUUUACCUGGCGAACUUUGUUCCCAUUAUUGUGACAAAUGUGAAAAGGAAGUCUUCGAUAUACUCUUCGUCAAAAACAGGCUGGUUCACUGCUUCGAAUGCGCCAGGCGUAUGUCCCCCGAUAUUGCAGAUUUUACGGUUCUUAAACAGUACAAACAGGAAGAAUUGGACGGAAUCUACGACAACUUUAGUCUUAAUUGUAAUAACUUGAACAAUCCUAACUACCCAAAAUUGGGAUUUAUUUCCACGAAUAUGAACGGUGGGGAGAAAAUCAUGGGAUCUCAGAAUCAAAAUAUGAUUGGGACAACAGGGAAGCAAGGAGACUGCGAUAAGACUGUAGAAAUUAGGCUCAAACCUAUAUCAAAUAUAUUCAAGAUCCAAAAUCCGCCUCACAAAAAUACUCAUUCUAGCCAUAAGAAAACUCACACACAGUCCGACAACAACCUCGCACCCGCUCUUAAAUCUCCUUCCAACAUAAAUAAAAAUUCAUCGGCCAAGGCUAGCAACAAUCAAAGUUUGACAAAUCUCCUGAGCAACAAAUCAAACAUCAUGAACAUCACUCAUAAUUUAAGCAACUCUCAACAUAAGCAAAAUAAUUUUCCUUCUAACCAUAAAAAAAAAUCCCACAAAUCUAACAACCAUAACCCGCCGUCAAAUAUCGCAAAUCCUAUCCCGAACAACUAUAAUUUCAAACCCACUACCAUGGAUCCGAAUCACGAGCCCUUACAAAUUUUAAAUACUAGGAUUCCUAUAAGCGACAACAUUAUCGAGAAAUCCCUGCCACUUCCCGAUACCUUUCCUUCUUCUUUACCCGAUGGUGGCACAAACAAUGAAACAUUCGUUCAAACGAACAUUGAAAUGACACAAAAUCAAAAAAUAUUGGAUAAUUUAUACGCGUCUUCAUUCCAGACUAACGUUCCACAAUCAUCUAUUCCGUCGCACGUCCUCAUGAGGACUCCCUCAGGUCAUUGGAUUAAGAAGGAAAAAAUUGAUGGCAUUUCUACUAACGAUGCAAGUGUAAACACGCCCUCGUCUUGUCACUCUCUUCACACUCCGCCACAACACAUUAAUGAUAAUAAUAGUAAUGGGACGAAUCUACAUAAUACAUAAAAAGGAAGGACCCUAUUUAGACAUCUUUUUUUGUUAUUUGGGAACAUAUUUUCAGCCUCUUAUUUAUUUAUUUUUAAAUAUGCAUUUGAACAAGGGACAAAAUAAUAUUGAUAUAUGGUCAAAUAAAUUUGCUCUUUACCUAUCUCAACAAGGUAUAACUUUUUGUAUUAAAUUAUGCAAUCUCAACAUAAUUAACAUUAUUCGUAACCCUUUGGCCAACCACAAUUAAAUACGCAUGAGGUCGCGAAUUCGUUUAAUUCAUAGCAAUAUUUUUCAUUGAAUUUUCGAUAAUUAUGCUUGAGUUUGUUCGAGUUUUAUUUAGAAUUAUAUUAAUCUUCUUUUAAAUAAUGAGUUUUUUUAUGAUCUCAUAAUAAAUUAAAAGUUGAAUAAUCUUUAUUUUUGUAUAAUAUUAUUAUUACAAAAUUUUGUAUAUAUUAUGUAUAUGAUCGUACUCCUCUAUAAGACUCGCAAUUUAAAGUGUCAAAUUUAAAUUAAACAUCUCUCGUCUUUUGGUUUGAUAUUAAAAUGAAAUAUACAAAUUCCAUUAUAUUUUCAAUGCAAAAUUAAUUAUUAUUUUUUUUAGAAGAAUUGAAUUUUAUUUGAAAUUUUAUGUAUUUAUAUUUUAAUACUUUAUAUAUUUGUUAUUACAAUUGUCGGGUCAAUCUAUUUAUAGGGAAAU